GUGAAACUGAAGGAUGUGGCAACUGUGACCGGGAGCGUUGUGGCUAACUGGGUGUCGGAUUAGCUCAUGAUCAGAGCUCCGUAAACGCUUUUUUUGCAGAAUUAUUUGGGAAAGGGCAUGCGGUCAAUAAAGCGGCUCCACGCUCUUUACUGUUUAAGUUGUUUGGUGACACGGUGAAUGCAUCCGAACGCUCGUGCUAAGGUUCUGAUGUGGAUUGUUCUGUUGGUAGGCUUUUCCUGACGCCCCACUUGAAAAACAGAGGGAACUUUGUGUCAAGCAGUGCUUGUAAUCCUCUCGUACUCAUCAUGUCCAAAAGCAAGAGUUCUGAGUCAGUGAAAGUAGUGGUUCGUUGUCGUCCUAUGAAUGAGAAAGAACAGGCAGCCACAUUUGAGUGUGUGGUCUCUGUUGAUGUCAAAUUUGGACAAAUAACUGUCAGGAACCCAAGGGAAGCUUCUGCUGGUGAACACCCCAAAGUCUUCACAUUUGAUUCAGUCUAUGACUGCAAGUCAAAGCAACUAGAUUUAUACGAUGAAACCUUUAGGCCCCUUGUGGAUUCCGUUCUACAAGGAUUUAAUGGAACCAUUUUUGCAUAUGGACAAACGGGCACAGGGAAAACAUACACCAUGGAGGGUGUAAGAAAUGACCCUGAAAGGAGGGGAGUGAUCCCCAACUCUUUUGACCACAUUUUCACUCAUAUUUCAAGAUCUCAAAAUCAGCAGUACCUCGUACGAGCAUCAUAUCUGGAGAUUUAUCAAGAGGAGAUCAGAGAUUUACUCUCCAAGGACCAAUCGCGGCGUUUAGAGUUGAGAGAGAGACCGGACACUGGCGUUUAUGUUAAGGACCUGUCAUCGUUUGUCACCAAGAGUGUGCGGGAAAUCGAAAAUGUCAUGAAUGUGGGCAAUCAGAAUCGCUCAGUUGGCUCCACGAACAUGAAUGAACACAGCUCCCGUUCUCAUGCCAUCUUUGUAAUCACUGUAGAAUGCAGUGAAUUGGGAGUGGAUGGGGAGAACCAUAUCCGAGUUGGCAAACUCAAUCUGGUGGAUCUAGCUGGUAGUGAAAGGCAGACCAAGACGGGGGCUCAGGGGGAGAGACUGAAAGAAGCUACUAAAAUCAACCUGUCACUUUCUGCUUUGGGGAAUGUCAUAUCCGCUUUAGUGGAUGGCAGGAGUAGCCACAUACCGUACAGAGAUUCUAAACUGACCCGCCUUUUACAGGACUCUCUUGGGGGCAAUGCCCGCACAGUCAUGGUCGCCAACAUUGGCCCAGCAUCGUACAAUGUGGAAGAGACUUUAACAACACUACGCUACUCCAACAGAGCAAAGAACAUUAAGAAUAAGCCCCGUGUCAAUGAGGACCCUAAGGAUGCUUUGCUCAGGAAGUUUCAGGAGGAGAUUGCGAGACUGAAGGCACAGCUGGAGAAGCGUACAGGAAAGAAAAACAAGAGGAGGCAAAAGAGGAGGGCUGGCGAUUGUAGCAAUAGUGAUGGUCGAGAUGAAGAGAGUGAGAAUGAUGACGAAGAGGAGGAAAACAAAGGGGAUUAUUGGAGGGAGCAGCAGGAGAAGCUGGAGAAAGAGAGGAAAGCUAUCAUGGAGGAUCACAGCCUGGUGGCUGAGGAGAAAGUUCAACUCCUGAAGGAGAAGGAGAAGAAAAUGGAAGACCUAAAGAAGGAGCAGGAAGCAGGAGACAUGUUGUCAGCCAAAGUUAAGGCAAUGGAAAGCAAACUUUUGGUUGGGGGUAAGAACAUAGUGGAUCACACCAACGAGCAGCAGAAGAUGCUGGAGCUGAAAAGGCAGGAAAUUGCUGAACAGAAACGGAGAGAACGAGAGAUGCAACAGCAAAUGGAGUGUCGAGAUGAGGAGACUCUGGAGCUGAAGGAGACCUACAGUUCUUUGCAACAGGAAGUCGACAUUAAAACCAAGAAACUGAAAAAGUUGUUUGCCAAACUGCAGGCAGUGAAGGCCGAAAUCCACGACAUCCAGGAAGUGCACAUCAGUGAGCGCCAAGAGUUGGAACAGAACCAGAAUGAGCUCACUAGAGACCUUAAACUCAAGCAUCUUAUCAUUGAGAAUUUCAUUCCAUUAGAAGAGAAGAACAAAAUAGUCACCAGGGCUUUCUUCGACGAGGAGGAUGAAUACUGGAAGAUGAGGCCCAUCACACACAUUGAGGAUGAUCAUCAGAUGAUGAGCAGGCCUCAGUCUGCAAUCGGGUUCAGAAGGCCUCUCAGUAACCAUGCUCGGACGGCCAUGAAGGAUAGUCCAGACAUGAGAUACAAAGCUGAGAAUAUCCUGUUGCUGGGCAUGGAUAAGCCAUCUCGGACCACCAAAGACUAUCAACAGCCAGUUAUCGCCCCAAAGGUAGCAGCAGCUCUGGAGGAUGCUCUUAAGAAUGAGGAGGAUCUUCAGGUUGAUGCCUCUGGAUUUAAUAGUAGCUUUUCACAUCUAGCCAGUGCUACUGGAAGCCUCAGGAAACCAAAGUCUGGUCGCCCAAGAACAGGCAAGCAAUCAAAUACUUGGACCUCUUCAUUCAGUGUUCACAAUCCAGCAUCCCCAAUUUACCCACAAUCCCGUGGGCUGGUACCCAAGUGAAAGCUGCAAUCUGCCAACAACCUCUCCUAUGCACCUUCCCAAUUUAGAACUCCACUCCAAGCUGAGAGAAGAAUGCUUUUUAUUUUGCCCAAGGCAACAGUAUUGUGGAAUCUGAAAAAGGCAAAAGAAAUUAAUUAAAAGCGUUAAUGCUGCUUUGUAGAAUUGAAAUUGUAACCACUAUUUGCUACUGUCAGGUGCUUUUAAUCCCUGACUAUAUUUAAAUAACCUUUAUCAUGAGUGCAACGACAACACAAGGACUCAUGUCAUUUAACACUGCGUGCAAUAUUCUCCUAAAAUCUGGCUAAAAAAGUUCGAUAUUUAUUUUACUGUUCUUAAUGUAUAUAAAACCUAGACCGAUUAGUCAUAACACUAGAUGCACCUGCCUAAUAUUGUAAAUGACCUUUUAUUGACACCAAGACAGCUCUGAUGUGGAUGCCACGAUCCCUCUCCAAGACAUUCCAUAGAAGAUGAUUUUAGAUGUGGGGAGAUGAGGCCAAGUCAACACCUGUUGUGUUCCAUUAACAAAGUUAGUAAUGUACUAUAGGUGACAUAGAUCUGCUAAAAGAGCCCACAGCUGUCAGACAACGGUCUGCAUGAAGAUGGUCUCUAAGCAAGUCAUGCUACAUGUGAAAGUAAAAGCAUAUACAGUCGUGCUCACCAUUAUUGGCACCCAUGAAGUUUAAGUACUAAAUGUAGAAUAUCUCCUGAAGAAAAAAAACCAAGUGAAACAUUUUUCUACAGAUUGACGCAAAAGAGCAAAUGAUAACAUUUUAUAGACAGAUGAAACAAAAAUAGAGCUUUUUGGCAAUGCACGCAAACAAUAUAUUUACAGACAGCGCAAUGAAACCUUUAAAGAGAAGAACACCCUGGCAACAGUCAAGCAUGGUGGAGGAUUCAUAUUGCUGUGGGGCUGCUUUGUUACGGUACUGGAAGCCUUGACUAUCACAGGUAUCAUGAAAUCAGAAAAUUACCAAGAAAUUUUAGAGUAAAAUGUCUUACCCAGUUUAAGAACAUUUGGUUAGAGAUGAAGACCAUGGAGUCACUGAUUGUGCAGUGGUGCACUCGCCUGACUUUGGUGCGGGCAGCGUGGGUUCAGUCCCCACUCAGUGACGGUAUGAAUGUGAGUGCGAAUGGUUAUCCACGUCUAUAUGUGCCCUGCGACUGACUGGCGACCAGUUCAGGGUGUUGUCUGCCUUUCGCCCCAGGUCAGCUGGGAUAGGCUCCAGUGCCCCGCGACCCUAACCAGGAUAAGCGGUGUUGAAAAUGGAUGAAGAUCAUGGGUCCUCUAGCAAGACAAAGACCCAAAGCACACAUCCAAAAGCACACAGGAAUGGUUGAAAAGGAAAAAAAAAAAGAACUGUUUUACAAUAACCAGCAAUGAGUCCUGAUCUCGGUCCCGUUGAAAAUCUUUGCGGGGAGAUGAAAUCUGCCAUUGGGGAAAAGACCCCUGCAAAUGUUCAAGAGCUUGAACAAAUUGCAAAGGAAGAGUGGGAGAAAAUACCACCUGAGAAGUGCAAAACGUUUAUGGAUGGAUGCACAAAACAUUUGGAGCCUGUCAUCGCUGCCAAAGGGUGUGCAACAAAAUUUUAAGGAAAGGUGACAAUAUUGCUGCACAUGCUGUUUUCAGUUUUUUUUUUUUUUUUUUUUUUUUUUAAAUUUCUUUGAAAUUACAAUAUCUAAGUUAAAAAAAAAACUGUUCUUUGUUAAAUUACUUUGGACCACCAAUUAAAAGAUCCUGAUGAAAUGAGUUUGGUACAUUUCCCUUUGUUUCUGAAGAUAUACAAGUUGUGCAAAAAAUGAAAGGGUGCCAAUCAUGGUGAGCAGGACUGUAGGUUAGAUGUCAUAACCAGGAUUUCUCAGCAGAACAUUAUUCAAAAACAACCAUGUGUACCCAACCAGUCACAUGAUGUAAAAUGCACUUUUGACAGUGGCCACACUAACUGGUCUACAGCUACACAGCGAACUGUGAUGCACUUCAGCAUGAUCUUGUGUUAGACCACUUCGUGGGAUCCAUCUACAGAAUCAUAGCUUUUCCUUCCUACGCACAUUUAAUGAACUUCAAAUGUCAUCACUCUGUUGAUGUUUCACUAGUUGUACUUCAGACCACUUUAGUAGGCAUUAAUAAGGUUGUGCAGAUUUACAGUCUAAUUGCUGUUCUGACUCAGCCAUGUUCAUUUUCCUGCUUCUGUUGGCUUUGAGGAGAAAAUGUUCACUUGCUGCCUUAUCUCACACCCACCGACAGGUACCAUUUUAAUGAGAUUGUUCACUUUACCUUUCUGAGGUUAUAAUGCUAUAGCCGUUUGGGGUAUAGUCAUUUGUGCUUUCAAGAUGUUUAUUAGGAUUCAUGUUAUGCUUUUGUUUUUUUUGUUUUUCAGCUUCAUGACCUGCAAUUAACAUUUGACUGACUUAGAGGAGUAACCAAGCUAAAACAAACACUAGUGAGCUAAACUUUAAUCACUAUUCUGUUUCUGCUUGACAGUGUGGGCUUGUUCUUUUAAAAUAACUUAAAGUCAGAAGAAAUAAAAUGUGGAGACUGCUGUUCCCCGUUUAUUAAGUUAAGCACUUCCCUCUUUCAUUUUCCUCGACAUUCCAACAGAGCUGGGAGAGUAACACGUGUAAUUAUUCGAGAAAUUGUAACGUAGUUGAUGUAUAAAAAUGAAGAGGAUGUAAUGAUUUUGAAAUUAGCUUGCUGCAAGUCUUCACUUGUCACUUAAUACUGUAUACAAAAACAUUCCUUGAUGACCUUUUGUAUUUUUCAAAAUGUUGGCGAUGGAGUCAUAAAAAUGAAUAGUGAAC